AUGGCAUCUACUCUGGAGAAGUUCAUUCAUUCUUUGGAUCCCAGAGCCCUUCCCAGAGUCCUCCAAAUCCAGUCAGGCAUCUAUUUCCAAGGCUCCAUCUACGAAAUGUUUGGCAAUGAAUGCUGCCUGUCGACGGGAGAAGUCAUUAAAGUUAUUGGCUUCAAAAUUAAUAAGCUCAUAGCAAGUAUCUGUGAGAAUAAUGAAGUCAGCCAGAUUUCAGCCAAAGUGGAAUUACCACUACAUUUUCCUGGUCUUUACAAGGUUGUGGCAGAUAAAACUCCCUAUGUCAGCAUUGAAGAAAUUACAAGAAAAGUCUCUAUUGGGCCCACAAGAUUUGGCCAUCCACGUUUCUACAGCUCUGAGGACAUACAAGUGGCAAACCUCACUAUCAAACACAACGAGCAGAUCACCUUCAACUCGGUUGCAGAGGUAGAUGGAAGGCUGGCUGUGAAGUGUGACGUGGUCAGGAACAACCAGGUUCAUUCUUUUGCUUUACCCUUGUCACAAGAAGGAAAGUUCUAUGAGUGUGAGGAUGACCAGAUAUACACCCUGAAAGAGAUUGCAGAGUGGAAGAUCCCCAAGUGCAGGAAGCGGAUUGUCCGACUGUCCCAGGCUUUACAGACGUGGGACUCCUGUAAUCCACUCCCUCAGCAUUUUGAUGGCUGCUUGAUUCUCACCCCUGUCUAUGAAGUGCAGGCAGUAAUGAGAGCUCGAAAGGACAUAGUUCACAUCCUCUCAGAUCUGGAUGUGGAGGUCAAGGAUAUAACAGACUGUUAUGAUAUUAGGUCUUUCCUUCAGCCACUGUCUUUGGAAGAUGUGUUUGAGAGAACGAGCAAAGAAUUUCCUAUGGUUGCUGAGAUAAUGGAAGGACCUUCAGGAAGCCAAUACCCAGCUAACUUAUUGUGUACAGGGAAAGAGAUCAUCAUCUACCAAAAGUACCAGGCAGCAAGAGUCCUCACCUCUGAGAUCAGAAGUGAUUCCCCCAAAAGACAUUUUUUAAUUCCUGUGAGCUACAAAGGAAAGUUCAAGAGAAGACCUCGGGAAUUUCCAACUGCCUAUGACUUAGAAAUAGCACGAAGUGAAAAGGAGCAGCUUCAUGUUGUAGCAACAAAAGCCUUUGAUUCCCCUCAUGAAGAGCUUGCUUCUGUUUCUGUUGGAGAUCAAUUUCUAGUUCAGCAAUGCCAGACUAGUGAGGUCCUGUAUGAAGGAAGAAAGAAGCUCAUAGAUGUUUUAGCCUGUGAACAAAUACUAAGUGAUGGAUAUAAGAGCAUGCUCCUCCCUAUGUACAUGGAAGGUGGCUUUGUGGAAGUGAUCCAUGACAAGAAGCAGUACCAGCUGUCUGAGAUCUGCAAGGAAUUCCAUUUGCCUUUCAAUGUCAAAGUCUCCGUCCGGGACCUUUCCGUUGAAGAGGACGUCUUGGCUGCCGCGCCUGGGCUGCAGUUUGAAGAGGAAAUCACAGACUCCUAUUUGCUGAUCAGCAGUGCCAGCAGCCCCGUGGAGAGCUGGGAGCUCCCUGUCUAUCGCUUAAACAUGUUGGUCCACUUGCUGAACAAAGACAUCCAGCCAGCUGCACCACCCAUGACCAAGACAGCGGUGGAAGAGAUCAGCGAAGAGCAGUACUACAUGGUGCGAAGAUAUGAAAACCAAACCCUUCAUCCACCACCCAGGCCUCCCAAAAAGCCAACAAUUACACCCAAUCCUGUUAUGGCAGCACCAGAGCAAGGGCUGUCUGGGCUACUACAGGUUCCAAAGAAUUUCUCUGCAGACACCACCAAGCGAUGGUGCCCAGAUCAAGCUGCUGCUGUUUCAGGAUUGCAAGUUAGCUGUCCAAAUGCUUUGGCACACCAUGAGAAUAAGAAGGAGGCAACCGGGAAGGCUGCGCUAGCGGAAACCAGAGCAGUCCAAGAUCUAACAAGUAAGGCACUUGCAAAUUGUGAAGCAGGAAAUGAAUAUGAAGAAGAGCACGACUACGAAUAUGUGGAUGAACACAUCAUUGAAAAUAUACGAAUACGAAAAGCAUUUCAAGACAGCAGCAUUAGAAAUCAGCACCUGCUCUCUGAAGGGAGAAGGUGA